AUGAAGUGCGCGCUGGGUUUGGUGUGUCUUUUGGGCGUCCUGGGUGCGUUUGGGCUGGAGCAGCCGAAUGCCACCCAGCGGCUGUUCCGUGCCCGAACCGCAUUCGAGCGGCUACAUCGGGAGCCCCCGAUACGCGGUGGUUCGAGGAAGGCUGGCCCAGUGACAACGAAGUACAUCAUGCAGCGCUUGGAUCAUUUUGACCCGCAAAAUGUCAACACCUGGUCGAUGCGUUACAUGGAAAACGGUGAACAUUAUGCACCGGGCGGACCGCUGUUCAUCUACGUCGGUGGUGAAUGGGAAAUUUCCGAGUCGAGCAUCUCCCGCGGUCACGUGUACGAUAUGGCGAGCCAGCUGAAGGGUUACCUGUUCUACACCGAGCAUCGUUACUACGGCAAGAGCCAUCCCACGGUCGACUUACGAACUGAUAAACUGAAGUACCUGAACAUCGAUCAGGCGCUGGCGGAUUUAGCCCACUUUGUCGUGCAAAUGCGCAAGACCAUUCCGGGGGCGGAGAAUGCAGGCGUCAUCAUGAUCGGUGGCUCGUACUCCGCCACCAUGGUGUCCUGGUUCCGGCAGAAGUAUCCUCACCUCGUUAACGGAGCGUGGGCCUCAAGUGCGCCGGUAUUUGCCAAGGUGGAAUUUACUGAGUACAAGGAAAUUGUGUCGGAAAGUAUUCGGUCGGUCGGUGGACGAAACUGUGCCGAUCGGAUUGAGCGUGCCAUCAAACAGACGGAACAACUGUUGGCCAAUGGUGAGUAUAGCCGCGUCGCCCAGGAGUUUAGGCUGUGCAGCGAUGUGGACCUUUCCAAGUCGCUCGAUAGCAUGAACUUCUUCAGCAGUCUGUCGGACGAGUUCGCCGGUGUGGUACAGUACCACUCGACGGGCGACAUUGAGGGUUUGUGCCAGAUCGUUGAAGAUGCCUCCAUUGCGGACGAUAUGCAGGCGCUGGCUAAGAUUGUCACCCAAGGUUUGGCGUCGACCAGCUGUAACAGCUACGGUUACAAGGCUAUGAUUGAUUACUACAAAAAUACUGCCUGGGAGCAUGGUGCUGCGCAAAGCUCAAUGCGCCAGUGGAUGUACCAGACCUGUGCCGAAUACGGCUGGUACCAGAUUUCGGGAUCACCCAACCAGAUCUUCGGUUCCAGCUUCCCGGUCGAGCUGUUCGUAAAGCUGUGCGGCGACAUGUAUGAUGGACACUUCGAUGAAGGGAGAAUGCAAGGCAACGCCGAAAGGACUAACGUCAUCUAUGGCGGCUGGAAUCCGGAAGUGACCAACGUGUUCUUCACCCAGGGACAGCUGGAUCCCUGGCGUGCAAUGGGAAUUCAGGCGGACCUCAACGACCAGUCACCGGGCGUAGUAAUUCCGGGAGCUGCCCACUGUGCCGAUUUGAGCUCCAUCUCCGCUGCCGAUUCGGCGGAAAUGCGGGCCGCCAAGGAGAAAAUUCUUGAGCUGGUAAAAAAAUGGUUAGCGUAAGGCAGGCCAGCUUGUGCGCCUCCCGCGGUGCGCGAUUAAUUGUGCGUGAGUGAUGGUAAAGCGUAUGACAGCGAAAAACACAUUAGCGUUUCGAAGAAUUUUGAUAUCACAAUUUCGCAGCAAAAUGUUCACGAAGCGAUGGGUAGAUGUCGCGGGAAUGAGUGAUCUCAAGUGAUGAAAAUUAAAUUUGCAUGCAAUCCUGUUCGGCUUUCCCGGAGCUAUCGCGGGAGCCUGCUCCUAGCGACGCAACGUAACCAUGGGAUAUAUAAUUGAAUUACAUCCGUUAAGGCCUACGUUCCGGCAGCAGCAAGUUCGUCAGAAUGCUGCUUUGCGCAUGAAAUUUAUUCGAGCGGUUGGGGCGCUCGGGGUCAAAGGUGCGCUCGCAGCAUUCCUCCCACGGUCAGGGCAAUUCAUUAGAGCGGGCUCACGUUUUUGUGUUUUGCUUGGUCCGGGGGACUAUUGAGAUUUCUGGGGCUCUGUUCCUGCUCACUCCAGCAAAUCGAUAAAGGAAAAAUUAUUCAAAUCCCGCCCGCCUAGCGGAUCCGAUUGGAAUGAUAAUUGGGAUUCCUCGCUGUACUCACUUACCCGUAGCAAUCACGACGAAGUAAUAGAAAAAUAAUCC